AUGAUACCGGCAAGCUUAGUCCAUCAGGGAAGAAAAAAGAAACAGGCACAGUAUCCCGCGACACAUAGCGCCUCACCCUCACGAGUCACGACCCUGCUCCACCCACUGCCAUCGACUUUUCCGGCAGCUUUCACCGCCACGCCGGCAGCUCCACAGCUUCGGCUACUUCCCUCCGAACCUGCAAGAAUGCAACAAGAAGCUCCAACUCCAACUCGAAGAAUGAAACAAGACAUAAUUUGGAAAAAGAACCACAGAUCAGAGAGCUGUGAAACCACGUUAGAUCUUCAUAUAACCAUGUUCUAA